UUGCUGCUAAAGCCUCCACACAGAAGCAAAAUGGCCGAUAGCAAACUAACCGAUCACACAGCGUCUGACAGUCAUCAAGGGGUUAUGCAUGUUUUGUUUACAGCGUGAGAACUACAGUCGCUCACAAAAAGGAAUACUCGCCUUUUCCUCGUUUUUUUUCUACGAUUAUCCUUUCGGUGAUGUCAUUUCUUAUUCAAUUUAGCCUUGAACGCCUCGAAGAACUAGCUCGCUAGGCUAGCUACCUUUGCUAGCCUGCUAGCGGUGGGUCUGCAAGAAUUUUUGCACAGAAGCACUUUAUGUCCUAUGUGAUUCCCGAGACAGGAGAAUCAGGAAAGGGAACAGUAGUUCAUGGAAGACAAGAAAAAGAAAAAAGAAGAUAAAAAGAAAAGGGAAACCUCUCAGAAGGUGCCAGAACAGAAAAUCAAAGUGCCAGAAUCAGCCAAACCCUCCUGUUCCCAGGCUCUAGCCACCCCAGGCUCAGUGUCCCCCAGCCCUGGCCCUGUUGCCCCCUCGUCUCCCAGUCCUGGUGCAGCCGGGGUUUCUGCACAAGUUCCUCCUGGUGGCGGGAACAAUGCAAAGCAGCGGACUGCUGUGGCCAACGGACAGCCCACCUCCUCCCCCUCUGGAAGCCAGACCUCCCAACAGCAGCGAUACAUGUCCAGAGAGGUUCCGCCGAGAUUUCGCUGCCAGCAGGACCAUAAAGUGCUACUGAAGAGGGGCCAGCCGCCGCUGUCCUCCAUGCUACUGGGGGGAGGCGCAGGGGACGGGGGUGUUGGAGGAGGCAGUGGCUGGGCAGGCGCCCCAUCGCUCUCCUCCCAGGGAGCCGAUGCAAACACAGCUGGAGGCGCAGAUUCCAACCUGGGUUCAUCCUCCACUUCACCCCCCAACUCAUCCUCAUCAUGCGUCGCUGCUUCUACUACUACUACUUCAACUUAUGCAAAUUCCACUUGGGGGGCGGGCUCGGGCAGCCAGUCCUCCUCUCAGGGCUGCGGGAAGGUAAUAGUGGACAGGACGGACCUGGGGGAUUGGCCUAGCAUCCUAGGAGGGGCCAACUCGAGUUCUGAUGGGGCCGGAGGAGGAGGAGGUGAUGAGCAGGAGCAAGACCGCCCUGGAAACAACAACAACAACAGUAGUGCCUCGUGGAGUGAGAGAAACAUCCAGCAGAAGGGAGGAGCAGCAGCAGCAGCAGCAGCAGCAGGAGGAGGAGGAGGAGGAGCAGGGAACAUGGACAAUCCUUCCUCGCCUCGUUCUUCUCCUCUUUCCCCCUCUUCUUCCUCGCUUAAUGAAUGUGUUCAGUCGAGCGGCGGCGCGUGGAGCUCUUCCUCCUCCUCUCAGGCGGAGACGGGGCUCGGGUCGGCAGCGUUUUACAAUUCCAAAGUCUCCCAUAUUCUUCCCGGGCCUCAGGAGAGCCCCGCAGGUGGCAACAGCGGCGUCCCUGGUGCCAAUUUCAACCCCAACGUGAACCCCUCCGCCUGGCCCGCCCUGGCGACGGGUGGGACGUCGACUCCAGCUGGCGACGGACUUCCACUACACUCGUCCAUUACUCCGGCUUCCUCGUUCUCUGCCAGCACCGCACUCAUCACCACUCACCCUCUUUCAUCUGUGAAUCAGCCUAGCGUCCAUCAGACACAGACAGCUGUAGGUGGAGCUCAGCAGCACUUAGGAAACCUCGGGCCGGAGUCGGGUUCAAGAGGACCAAAUCAAGAAGGCGGAGAGCGGGACUGCGGAGGGGCAGAAGGAGAAGGAAGUGUCGGCGCUUUGUCUUCCUCUUGGAGAUCCAUGCCUUCGGUGUCCUCCGACCCGAGUGCAGGUGGGAGCUCGCAGGAAGACGGGUGGGGUGGAGCAGGAAGUGGAGCAGGAAGUGGAGCUCAGGGGCAGGACGGGAGUGUGUGGGGCUUUGGAAGCCAGGGUGACAAGGGAGGGUGGGGCAGGGGAAACGAUGGUAGCUCAAAUACCACAGCGGUAUCUCAGGGAGCGUGGGAAGGAGGCAGUUCAGAAGGGGAGUGGGGGGGCACGGCGGGAGGUGUAAGUUCGAGCAACUUAGCAAUAGGAAGAGGAGGAGACGGGAGCAGCAACAGCAGCAGCAGUGGAGGCAGCGGCAGCGUUUUGAAGGACUCCACCUCACCAAAGUUGGCAACUAUGACAAAAGCUUGGGACAAUCAGAAAGGGAUGGAAAGUGGGGAUGGGGAGUGGGGGGGAGGGCAGGUGGGAGGCCCGGCAGUUGGGGCGCCUUCAUCCUCGAGCGGAGGAGGGUCCACAGCUGGAAGUGGCGGAGAAGGGAGCGACAGCGGACAUAAACAAGAGCAAGCCUCGUCCGAACAGCCGUCCUCCGAGAGAACCUCCAAUGCUGACGUGGCCUUACAGUGCAUGCUCAAUCGAUCUGACCUGGACCCCCGGAUUCUUUCCAACACCGGGUGGGGGCAAACCCAGAUCAAACAGAAUGUGGCCUGGGACCUGGACCCCGCGACGGGACAAAGAAGCAGAAACGAAAGAAGCUCUUCAUCUUCCUCUGCAUUCCCAUCGUCCACCAUGAACACCACCACGAGUCGCAGCUACCCGUCUAACACCAGUUCAAUAACUAACGAUCCAUCCAGCUCCGGAGCGAGGGACGGCUGGGAGGGGGGGGCUCCACAGACCACCUCCGGUCCUCACAUGGGUGGUAGCUCUGCGAGGAAGCCAGCAGCGCCAGAAGAAGCUGGAGGAUGGGGUGAGCCUCCACCUGAGAGCCAGGGCAAAGGUUGGGGGACUGAAGAGAAGAAGUGGGGUGAUCACAGAGGAGGAGGAGGCGCAGGAAGAGGAGGAGGAGAAGGACGAGGAGAAGGACGAGGAGAAGGACGAGGAGAAGGACGAAGAGGAGGAGGAGAAGGAAGAGGAGGAGGGAACUGGAGAGACUAUGGAGAACAGGGUACAGGGUGGAAGGAAGGUCCAGAGGAUAAAGGGACAUCGGGAUGGAAGGGCAGUGGAAGAGGAGAAGCCGGUGGUUGGGGAGGAGACCGGGGACAGAGGGACUCCAUAGCUGGAGAUGGACGAAGCAGAGGAGGAAACCACUCCGACGAGAAGGGAUCUUCCUGGGGUCAUUCAGAUGAUUCUCAGGGGGGAGGAUGGGGAGGAGGGGGAGAUGUGGGUGGAGGCAAAUCUCACCAGGACUGGGGGAGUUCCAAGCCCCACACAGCAGCAGCAGCAGCACAGAUACCAAACAGCCAAGUGGCACCAAUGAAAGCCCCAAAUCAACAGCAGCACCAAUCACAGGGCCCGCCGCCACAAGGAGGCCCGCCGCCACAAGGAGGCCCGCCGCUACAAGGAGGCCCCGCUCAAGGAGGUCCCGCUCAAGGAGGUCCCGCUCAAGGAGGUCCCGCCCAAGGAGGGUGGAACAGCCGGUCCAACGUCGGCGGUGGAGCUCCACCUCCCAGGAAUCAGAACCAAA